AAACACAAGUUUCCGCUUCAAAAAUCGUUUUCUUAAAAAGAUAUUCAAAUUGAAAUCAGCUCUUAUAGGAUGUGACAAUCAAGAUAGCCAUAUGAAUAGCAAGGCUAAAGUCUACGAACCGAUUUCAGCAGAAGAACAUAGUGUGUAGGAGUGUGCAUUGUAGCUUUGAUGUUUAAAGUUAAGCCAAGACUCUCACACCUAUAUCAAUGCAUACACUAAUAGUCAUGUCGAAACUGACAUCCACACCCACACCCUGAAAUUUUUGGCCUUUUCAGUUCUUCCUUGGGAAUGCACUCGAGUUAUGUUUCAUUGAAAUCCGUGACAUCCAUCGGACAGAGUUGGUUGCUUGUAUCUUGUACUAUCACUUACAUAUCUUAUAUUUGUUUUGAUUUUUUAUGUUUUGUAGUCAAAAGACAUUGAUCUAUCAUUGACAAACAAUCAUUGGGAAUCAACUUUCAGCAAAAGUUCACUUGGACUGGUACAGGAGAAUAACUUUGUGUGAUCCUAUGAGAUAAUUCUAUGAAAUUUAUAUCUUUAGAUUGAAACAUUAGGAAGUCAAUUUGAAGACAAAGAAAAAAAGAGACAGCGUCGAAGGUAAAUUCUUAAUUGUGUCAAAAUUUCUCUAAAUUAAAUAUGUAUUGAUGAUUAUGAAGACGUCCCAUGUUCAUGAUGACGCAUCGUUGUUGUUACAUAUUAAUAGCUGCCGUUUUUGGUGCCAUCUUGCUAGCAGCUGUGAUAGCGGCUAUCGUCAUUAUUAGUACGUAGUGAAAUAUUAAACAAACAACUUCACUUUAAAGUUUAUUGAUACAAAGUUUUGUUGAUCAUUCACUGGUGAUCAUGAAGGCUAUAAUGAGAAACGAAUUGAUCUUCUGUUUUAUUUUCAUAGUAUUUUAAUGAUGACCAUUAAUAGGAACAAAUUAUGAUAGACACUUUGUUAUUAAGUCAUCAUGAGUCAUGUUUUCUAUUCAUCAUACUCAAUCUUUAUCUGAAAAAGAUUUAUUUGUUCAAGUUCGGAAAGUUGAACUGUUCCAAUAAUUUUAGUUGAAAGUGACACAAGAAUAAUCUUUAUGAGAUACCUUAGAAAACGUUUACUUCUCACGUCUCGUAUGAUAUCAAUAAAAAUUUAUUAAAUAAUUUGCUUGAAUUACUUGGUCAGAUAAGAAAACUAUUAUAGAUUGCGUAUAGGUGCAAAGCUUGUAGAACAAAACUGUCUACCUAAACACUUUCACAUUUCGACAAAUCUUUCUAAUAUCUUAAGAAUUAUACAUACCCAGGGCGAAGAAUCCCGGGUUCGGAUCCCAUCGGAUCCUAUAGGAUAUCCCGUGUGAUCCGAUAAAUUCCGACGGGAAUCCGGCAAUUUCCGACAGCUUCCGAUAGAAAUCCUAUCGGAAAUUGUUGGAAUCUUUGGUAUCGGAUUCCGAUAGAAAGUUGUUGGGUGUCGGAUCCGACAGCCAAAUCCGAUAGUUGGAAAACGUCGGAUACCCUCGGAAUUCUAUGAAAACCUGUGAAUUUGUACCUGAACGUUAUAUAUUGUUGGAUCUCCCUCCUACUUCCUUUCUGAACUACAUUGAGCUGCAUAUUAGUAGUUUAAGUGUAGUUCAUUUUAACUCUUUAUUCAGUGCAAAAUGAAAUAAAGCAAAUAAUGUAAAUUAAAAAAUUUACAAAAAAAUAAAAAUAAAAUUUAAUAAAUAAAAGCAAGUCAAAAGGCUGCAAUAAAAUUUAAAAUACACUAAAAUAAAUAUAAAAUUAAAUUAAAAUAAACUAAAAUAAAUAAAAUAAAAAUAGGAUAAAAUAAAACUAAAAUAAACUAAACUAAAUAAACUAAAAAUAAAAUAAAAUAAAACAAAAUAACAUAAAACAAAAUAAAAGAAAAGAAAAAUAGGACAAAAGAAAAAUAAAAUAAAUAAAAUAAAAUAAACUAAAAUACGACAAAAUAAAAAUAAAAUAAACUGAAUAAAAUAAAAUAAAAUAAAUAAAUCAUAAUAUUAGUAUAUUAUAUGUUUCAAUUAAAAGAUUAAGGUUUCUGGGAGAAGCGGCCCGUAAUCUGAACUGACAGAAAAUGGUCAACAACGACGGUGGAUAUUGUCGGACCCGGCAAGAUCCAGUUGUCGGAUCCGACAGGAUCCAGUUAUCGGAUGGCAUCAGAUCCUCUUAUCGGAAUCCUAGAGAAUCCGUUGUUGGAAAACGUCGGAAAUCAAGGGAUAUAACUGGGUUUCCGACUGUCGGCAUCCGGUCGGAUCCGACAGUCGGAUGAUGUCGGAUUAUUUAGGGAUCCGAUAGGAUCCUAUUGGGGUGCUUUGCCCUGGGUAGUUUUGAUUAAAUUUCAUCUUAAAUACAUUCGUUUAUCUUUAACGGUUUUCUUUCAAAAACUGCCGUGAUAGCUGAACCUUGGCUUAUCGAUUGCUUUUAUAAUCUAAACAACAAAAUCUGAAAUAUAGAAGUUCAGUGUCUUCCGAUGUUAUCAGAAAAGUGCUGAGGACAAGAAUCAGAGUACAAAUUUAAGUGAUCUUCUAGUUAAAUAUAGAGUCCUAUUCAACAAUCCUAGAAUAUUUAUGGUAUGGUGAUACAUAAAAGUUUAUUUCAAACUUAAAAUAAAGGCUAAAAUUCACUUUUUUUCAAAUUUGGUUGCGAUAAAAGCUGUUGCUACUUACUAUGUAUGUUAAGGAAAAAAUGAUCGACAUGCAAACGAAUUCCACACUGUAAAAUGUUGUCAGCGAGAUUUGAUUUCGAAAUUUUCAGUAUCUGUUGAGCCAUAAAAGGCACUGUAUAUAUCGAGCACAAAAUUAGUUUUACUAAUAGUAGUAGUAGUAACCAUAGGCGAUCGAGGUGUAAAUUCAAUCACUUAACCUAUUUGUUUUGAUGAGCUAAUAACAUUAGGAAAACACCAGAAAGUCGAUAUGGCGAAAGCCUUAAAUUACUAGGCUUGUGUCAAUCCUUAUCAAAUUGUUUCCAAAUAAAGCCAUUGAAUAAUCAUCUAACUAUUCAGAUGAUUCAGCAUAUAUAUUAUAUGCUCCAUUCUCAUUGCUAAUACACAAGGUCACUUAUGCAAAGAGACUGAUAGCUAGCCUUUUUGACUAUUUUGUCCUGAUUGUUUCAAAAAUAAUAAAGUGUACGGAAACUAUGUUCUAGUGAAUCUAAUCAGACGCAAAUGAAAUCAUCAUUUGAGAUUCACAAAACGCUUUAUAUUAGUUGAGUAUUGAACUUUUUUCUCGUCUUUAAAUAAUUAUUUUUAAAUAACUCAUUGUCGAGCUCGUAGUAUCCUAAACCACGAGAUUUCGAUCUGUAAAUCUAGAAGGUACUACAGAAUAUGCAUUGAUUCACUCAAGUGCAAUGCGCAGCAUUUUAAUCAAAGUAUAAUUGACUAGAAAAAAGUAGCUCUUAGCCCCAUAUAGUAUAGAAAACUAACAGACCUCAUGAAUAGAAAACGAGCAGAUCGAAUUAAAAGAAUUUCCUUGAUGUUUCAUUAGCUAAACAAAGCGCUGUUUCAACUACGACCUCAACAUCAUGUAAGUAUAUAUUGACAUUUAAUCAUAAAGCAAAUAUAUCACUUUGAAAUUUUUAGCUACUAGUACCAGUGCAACCACGACGACAGCCACAACAACGACAACGACAACAACAACGACCUCGACAACGACAACAACAACGACCUCAACAACAACUACGGCUUGCGACAUUUGUUAGUUCAUUUACAUUAUAUGCUUGCAUUUCUAAUCCAAUUUCGGAACCAAGAUGUGUUUAUUUUAAAGGAAAUAAUACAAUUUAUCUUUGCGGUCACCAAGUUGGAUACAUUGAAGCAUGGGUUGUAAAUGCGGCUAGUCGAACUGUAGUGACCAGCAAUACUGUAGAUCAUACUGAUUAUAUUACUUUUGACAAAGAUGGAACUAUGUAUACCAACGACCAUAACAGUGAUCUUGUGAAAAGUUUUGUGUCCAAUUCUUUAACUGGGACUACCAUUGCCGGAUCAGGUUCAUCUGUAAGUGGUACUCUGAACCGCCCAACAGGUACUGCUGUCAACGAGAACCUCACGCUUUACAUCGCUGAUCGAGACAAUGAUCGAGUGGUGAAACUCGAUAAAAAUGCAACUAGCAUUGUUACUGUGAUUAAUACUAAUGGUGUCAUUUCCAAACCAUCCGCACUUUUACUUAAGUCCUCCUCAUCGGAUCAAAUAUAUAUUAGUGACGAAAGUGGCCAAGGUGUAUAUUUGUGGACAUUUGGAGCAACAACACCGAGUAAAACGCUGACUAGUGUCAAUUGUAAUAGCACUCUUAAUAGUCCGAGAGGAAUCAAAUUGGAUACGGAUGGUAAUUUGUAUGUUGCUGAUCAAGACAACAAGCGAGUAGUCAUGUUUUGCGUCAAUUCAACCGAGGGGAAUGUUAUAUUACGUUUUAAUGACAAACCAAUGGACAUUGCUUUGGACCCGAAUCUCAAUUUGUAUGUACUAUUGGAUACUGGCAAGUUAUACAAACAUCAAUUACUGUAA